ACGUCUCACACAAACUCCACUCACUCCAACUAACUCCCAACAAUAAGACGUAGAAGUGUAUCUAGCAGCGCGAGGCCUCUGAGCGUCACUCCCUGACCCAACCCAAGCACGAGCACGAGCACCGUCUCCUGCUCUUUUCUGCCUCACUAUAAUCCGUAUCCUGCGCUGUUUCCCUCAGCCAGAAAUUGUCCAAUCACAGAACGCCACAUGGACGACGGACCGCCCAUACACGCGAGUCCCGUAGUAUCAACCAAUCGGCAAGUCCUGUGGGACCCCGCGCAGCGCCCGCCAUCUCCGCUAAACCUCACUAGACGCUCCCCCGCACCCGUUCCCCCUAGAACUUGCGCGCAAGAAGCUUCCGCCAGCCCGUACGGCGGGAGUCCCUAUGGCGCAAUCCCCUCCGCUUCCCCCGUUCCGCUCCGCCGGUACAACUCCGUCACCUCCCCCGCCCCGCCCGCUUCCGCCCUGCCCUCAUCUUCCCCCGCGCCCAAGUCUCCGCUCCUCCGCACGCCCUCGCUUGGCGCCCCUGUGCGAAUCUCCGCCGCUAAAGAACAGGCGUUGCCACCCAUGUUCCUCCCGCCCACCCCUUCCGAGCCUCUCCCGAUAGCGGUUCCGCUCUACAUUCCGCCGAAUCGCCCCCCCGCGGGGCCCGCGUACGAACAGCGGGCGCAGCCGCAACGGGGACCGGGCCCGCUUCCGCGGGGAAACAGCGGCGCAACUCCUAGCGCCGGCGGCCCCGCGGCUUCCCGCCGCGCUCCGCCGAUUCCGCGCCACUCCUCCCUCCCCCUUGCGGCUUCCGCGUAUCCCAGCGGGAACUACACGCCCGCGGUCACGAGCAACGCCAGUUACCCCGUUCUUAGCGAUAAUUUGCGAAAAUACCCGACAGAACCUGCUGGUAACUGCGUUACCAGCAGAAACGGCGGCGGAAGGUACGGUAACGGGGGCGGGUGGGGAGCAUCGGCCAUUCAGCGGUCCACGUCAGCACCCGUGGCUGAUGACGAGGCUUGGGGAGCGCCUCGGGAAGCGGCUAGGUACGGAGGUGAGGGAGAGUGGGAGGAUGGGGAGGAGGGGGAGGAGGAGGGGGAAGAAGGGGAGGAUUGGGGGGAGGAGUUGGGGGAAAGCGAGAUGGCGGGGCAAGGGGAAGCGCAUUGUGAGGGAAUGCGGGAUGCGGGCGGAUGGGGAGUGAAUGCGCGGACUGGGGGACCGGCGGGAGGUGAAGCGCGAGGAUGGUACGGGGAGGAAUCCAGGCGGCAACUAGAUAGGUCUUAUCUCACGAACCACGAGCGGCAGCAGCAGCAGCAGCAGCAGCAGCAGCAGCAUCUUGCGAGGCAUUUAAGCCUCGAACCGCUUGUUACAGAGAACCGGGGCGGCCAAAAGCGGGACGGGGAGCAAGCACACGGCGAGGAGCGGGGAGAGCACCUCCAGCGCCAAGCAUCCGACGGGCAAUGCCUCGCGCGGAACGGCGGCUACGGGGGAAGGGCUCACGCGGAGAGGCAGGACAGGCAGCAGCCGGACAGGCGUUAUCUGGACAGGCGGCAUGCGGACGGCAUGUAUGUGGAUAGAAGCGAGCCGGAUCGCGAGCGGCUGAUCGAGCUGCGGCUGAAGCGGGUGGAGCGGCGGCGGCAGCAGCAGUGGCACCACGAGCAGCAGCGCAGGGCGGCGCAGCGCCUGCAGAUGGAAAGGCGGCAGCAGUGGCAGCUGUGGCGGAUGCAGCAGGGGCAGCUGGGGCAGCUGGGGCAGCUGGGGCAGGGGCAAGAGCAGCAGCAGGGAUGGUGCCAGCAGCAACAGGAGCAGCAGCAGCAGCAGCAGGUGUAUGAGGCGCAAGAGGCAGAGAGAGACGAAUACGAAAUGGAGCAGCAAAGCACGUCGCCCUACCAGCAGAACACGCCGCCAUAUCAGCAAGCCACGUCACCGUACCAACAGGCAACGUCACCGUACCAGCAAUCCACGUCACCGCUACAGCAAGCCACGUCACCGUACCAGCAGACCACCCCACCCUAUCAGCCGCUGUCUCAUCGCACCCGCUCGCUCCCCCAGCACCACCACAGCAGCCACCACAGCAGCCACCAGCCGUGCACCGAUCACAGCACCAGCAACGCCUACACCAACAGCCCCUUCCCCAGAAGCACCUGCACCAGCCAUCUGCAGCGCACUGCGUCUGACGGGCGGGGAAUAACAGGCCGGGUUGCACCUGACCAGGUGGUACCUGGGCAGGUCGCAUCUGGACAGGUGUUCGUGCCAUGCCAGAUGGUACCUGGGGAGGCAGUAUACAAUCAGUUAGUUCCUGGGCAGGUUCUACUACCCAACCAGAUGGCACCUGCCCAAGUUGUGCCUCAGCUGCUUCCUUCUAAAUCCCUGCGGCAACUCAAAAGAACGCCGGAGCUGGACUCAAGAGCACACCAGCUGGCAGAGGCAGGUCAGGGCGGAUCAAGGGCACACCAGCAGCAAGACGCACACACAGGGUGGGCAGGGGGUGAAGGAGACCUUCCUGAUCCCGUGCCUAGCCACUCCGCCUCCUCCCUGUCUUCCCCUCCUUGCUCCCCCCCUGCGUCCACUGGUACAGCAAUCUGCCACUCCCCCUCCUCCCCCUCCUCCCCCUCCUCCUCCUCCUCCUCCUUGGUGUGGCCGGGGGGGAACGGGCCGGACUGGGUUGGCCGUGGGAGGAUUGGGGUGGGGGCGGCUGAUAAGUGGGUGGCAUGCUUUGUCCCGCAGUGCUGGAACCGCAACUGAGAUAUGGAACACCAUGUAUAUGUGGAAUUGAGGGGCGGAAGUGAUGAGACGAGUAACCAGAAUGUGUGCACUGGUCAGAUAUAACAUGGUACCCUACAUUUGCAUUCAGUUCAUCAGUUACAAAUAUACGUGAAUAUACAUGGUAUAUUCGG